UCAUGCCAGCAGCUGAGCAGAAGCUUCAACUACCCAAGAGGAAACCGAAGUGUCCAUUUGCACUUGUUUUGACGGUAAAGAAAGAAAUUUGGAGGAAGAGAGUAAGAAAGGGGCCUUGUGCUUGUUGAAGAGACAAAGCAGAAGUGAAAGUAAAUGAUGGGGGAACAGAGAUGUGUCAUGUGUGAAGUUGACCCCUCACAAGGUGGAAUGACAGAUCCACACAGUCGUCUGUAGCAAGCAGUACAGUGCGGGUCUAUCGCUCGCUCCUCAUGGGUGCGAGAUGUCACACUGCGCCGGUCUGUGGGGCCAGCCCCAGAGAGCUCAGCUUCCAGCCCAGCCCUGACGAGUAAUCCAUUCUGGAUGGAGAUGGUCUGCUGGUACAACACUGCAAGGAAACAAGGAUUGGUUUCUCUCUCUCUCUCUCUCUCUCUCUCUCUCUCUCUCUCUCUCUCUUUCUUGCUCUCCUCUUGCAGUUCUCCUUAUUUCUUCCCCGGAGUGGAUGAGCAAGCCGUGUUCUUGUGUUGGACGUACUGCCAUUGAUCGCGGUUCCUCAGGGAUAUUGAGGCCACGCCCUGCCUUUGCGGACCACGCACAAUGCGGGCAGUUGGGAGAGGCCUGGGGCUCGAGCCGCCCCCCACCCUUGACCCAGAGGGUCCAUCCUACUUUAACCUGGGCCUGACUGCAGCCCACAUGACAUUCAAUUUGCUGAUCUUCGUCUUCGUCUACAUCCAGCUGUGGCUGGUACUUCGUUACGGGCACAAGCGGCUCAGCUGCCAGACCGCCUUCCUGUCGCUGUGUAUCCUGUGGGCCUCCCUGCGUGCCGUGCUCCUCUCCUUCUUCUUGGGAGGCUUGGAGGCGACGGCCACGCUGGGCCCAUUUACCUUCUGGCUCCUGCACUGUUUCCCCACAUGCCUGCAGUUCUUCACGCUCAGCCUCAUGAACCUCUACUUCAUCCAGGUGGUCUUCAAGGCAAAGUCCAAGUAUGUUCCAGAGCUCCUUAAGUACAGGCCCCCGCUGUACAUGGUCAUCCUAUUGGCCAACCUGCUCUUCCUGGUAGUGAACCUGACCUGCACUCUGCUGAUGAAGAUGACGGAAACAGACCCUAAGACCACUGUGUUGGUGCGUGUGGCUGUUAACGACACCCUCUUUGUGCUCUGCGCACUCUCGCUCUCCCUGUGCCUCUGCAAACUCAUCAAGAUGUCCCUGGCCAGCACCUACCUGGAGUCCAAGGGAACGUCAGUCUGUCAGGUGACCAUAAUAGCAGGGACCGUGGUCGUUUUGUACUCCUCGCGGGCCUGCUACAACCUGGCAACCCUGGCACUCUCCAGUGUCGAAAGCAUCAGCUUCCCCGACUCUGACUGGUACAAUGUAUCUAACCAGGAGAACCUGCAGACCACUUUCGGGGACAAGGGAUACAUCGUGUUUGGGGUGAUUCGGUUUGCGUGGGAGCUGCUCCCCAUAUCCCUGAUGGUCUUUUUCUUCCGAGUGCGGCGGCCAGCACAGGAGAGGAGUGGGUCUAGUCUUCCCGGACAUGGUUUUUCCUCCAGAGCGUAUUUUUUUGACAACCCGCGGAGAUACGACAGCGAGGACAACCUGCUGUGGAACACCUUCCCUCACAAUGUCCAGGCCAGCUUUGUUACAGGUUAUGACCGGAGCGGCCUCAACGUCAGCUUCAAAAACUACUUUGGCGACGAGGGUCUGCGUUCAUGCACUGCACAGGGGGCGCUAAAUCCUUACUGAUACGCCUACAGCAACAGCGCAGCCCUGCACCGACGCCUGUCACCCCUCUGACCCCGACGGCAGCUCCGCCUCCAGCUAUGCCUCAGGCCAAACCCACCGCACCAAGACGUGUGGUCUCCAUGUCCUUCUUAGUGCUUUGGCUUCUCCUUGGUGAGAUUUGGUGAACGUCAAUAGCCUCUGUCGUAGUGGGAUGGGUGACCAUGUGCUGUUGCUUAACUGAGUUUGGGUUAAUGCUCAUGUCUGGAAUGUUGUAUCACUACAACAAGUAUCACUAAAUAUAAAUAAUGUUUCCUCGUUGGUUUGAUGACGCACACCCAAGACCUUGACCAGGUCUAAUAAGGUUCCUGAACACAGUGACCUGACAAUAGGCUAAGUGUGGCCUACAGAGAAGCUGGUGAUUUUGAACCUGGCUGUGACGUACAUGACCAUCCUGCAGAGCUGAGUGGUUCAUAGAUGAGAAGAUGCUGCACCAAUAACUGUGUCAGCACAUAUAGGACUCGCUAGCAAGAAGAUGCAAUGAAAAACACCUGAACUAAAUAUUGAAUUUGAAUACUGCAGAUGUAUAUAUGAUAGUUAAUAAUAUAUUGUAAAAUUUUGCAUAUCGUGGUUAUUAAAAAGUUAUAUAAAUCCAGACUCGCCACGUAUUAGAAUGUUGGUGUGGGUGGAGAGGGCACAGAGAACAAGUGCUGUUAUAGGAGGUUUCAAAUUUAGCGGGAAUAAAUGACCGUUGGUAAUGUUGUGGCAAGUAAAACAUCUUAAUCCUUUAUAAGGUGCUGCUCCUAACCGCUUUGCCGAAACUCACCUGUAUGCUUGCAUCGGUGCUCCCCCUAGUGGCGGACUUGUGCCACGUAACAAACUGCAGUAUGAGGAACAUAAAUGGGUCAGCUUGUAAAUAUAUUUAGAACCCACAUAAAACGUGUUUCUAUUAAAAUAAGUGCACAAAUGAUAUGUAAUCGUAUGAAAUGUGACCAUAAGAGCAAAUGAAAUGUGGACACGGUAUUUACACGAAUUAGUGCAUUAGUACCUACACUGUUACUAUGAAUUUCACAGAGCAAUUUUAAAGAAUUUAUUUUAGAAUUGUUAGACAUCCAAAUAAGUCCAAACAAUAAUAAAUAAAAUCGAAAUUCUUGUAACCUGUGCUAAUAACCUGCAUAUCCCUGUUUCCCAUUGCCAGCUGUGAUGUUAUGUCUUUGCUAAACUCUUUGGGGCAAAAUGUACAAAAUGACAUAUACAGUAUAAAAGAAUAUUGAAAGUGAAA